UCACGGACUCGCUGACUUUGGGGCGCUCUCCCGCUAAGUCCGUGGGGGCCUAUGGCUUUCCCACUGUCAAAACUUCAAGCGCAUGAGGGCUCUCUCGCAUACACUGGGAGGCCUCCAUGCACACGUUCCGUAAGACGGCACUUCUGCAGGCCUUGCCAGAGGCGACGACCCACAGUUCGUAGCGUUGUGAGCUUAAAUACGUGGUGACACUUGUGGCUAUAGCUAGUGGCUUUAGCUAGUGGCUAAAGCUAGUCACCUGUCAGAGAUCCUUGGGAUGAUGCACAAGGUGCGUGCGCAAACGUCCAAAAAAAUGAAGAAAAAAAAAAAAGCCUCUCUCCCCUCCAAUGGACAAGCCCCGGCCUUUGUCAACAGCACACGGUCACGCCCACAGAAACGAGACAAACGGGAGAUGCAACGGUUGACAGACAACCUAGCUUCCAGAGACAAUAGCCUACUGCGACCACACGGGGGCAGUAAAUUACAAGAUGGAUUAAAAACCGGCAACAUCAGAUCCUACAUGGGACAGAGCGCUGUUCUGAGAUGCGAGGAGAGGCGUCGCUUCCACGAUGGUGUCGCCCUAACUCACGUCGACCUUUGGCUUUGGCUGGUCAAGAACUGCUCGCCCGGCUUGUCCCGACGGAACGCCACUGGUCAGCAGGUCUUCUGUGCCUUACAAAUUCCAAGUGACGCCAGCUGAUCAACACGUUUUCCUGAUUCUUUGCUGUCUCCGGUAACCAGUGGAGGGUAAUGAGGUUGGCAGGGAGCCUGCAGCUUGCUCUGCUUUUGGCCUUGACCUCCAGGGCGGCAGGCCUCAAUAUCCCUCUGGAAGUGGAGCAGCCUCCGACCAUAAUAACUCAAACAUCAGGUCCUGUUAUUUCCCUUCCUUUUGACAACACUGUCACUAUCAGGUGUGAAGCCAGGGGCAACCCGCCACCAGAAUACAGAUGGACAAAAGAUGGCGAAGCCUUUUUCCCUCCCCAUAUAAAAACAAACAAAACAGAGCACACAGGUGGCACUUUUGUACUUCAAAAUAAGCACCUUGUUCAGUGCCAGGGAAAAUACAGAUGCUACGCCUCUAACAAGCUGGGAACUGCCAUAACAGAGGAGAUUGAACUGAUAGUUCCCAGUGUCCCUAAAUUUCCCAAGGAGGAAAUUGAUCCCUUUGUUGUUAAGGAGGGAGAGCCAGUCGUCCUGAAGUGCAACCCUCCAGAGGGCGUGGGUCCACGUCAGAUCUACUGGAUGUCUAUUGGUCUCGAGCACAUUGAGCAGGAUGAGAGGGUUUCCAUGGGCGUUGAUGGCAACCUGUACUUCUCUAAUGCCUUACAGAAAGACAGUCGUCGGGAUUACUGUUGCUUUGCUGCCUUCUCUAGAAUACGCACCAUCGUCCAGAAAACCGCCAUGGCUGUCGUGGUCAAGAGCUUGAAACCUGACAAUGAAUCUGUUGACAGCAGCGAUGCUGCUGAACCCCCCCCAGCGAGAAUACCUGGCCUACUGCUGCCCUCUGGUGUUCAGACAGAGAAGGUGCUGUUGAAGGGACAGGAGCUGCAGCUCGAGUGUAUACCAGAGGGAUUCCCCACUCCGACUGUAAAAUGGAUGAAAAUGGGAGACAAGCUGCCUCCACGGACAAAAUUUAACAACUUUGGAAAGCUGUUGACCAUCUCUGCUGUAGAAGAGAGUGAUGAAGGGAAAUACAUGUGUAGAGCCGAAAACUCUGUUGGAGAGUAUGUCCACUACUUUGAUGUAAUAGUGGAAGAGCCACCAAAGUGGCUGAAAGAGCCUCCUAAGAGCCAGCUGACUGUAAUUGGGUCUGAUGUUCACAUAAAGUGCUCGGUCAGUGGAAAGCCACCACCAGACAUAACAUGGAGGAAGAAUGGAAAAUCCUUCCGAGAUGACCCAAGGAGCAACAGGCGAGUGUUUGAUGACACUGUGGUGCUCCAUAACGCCAGACCAGAGGACAGUGCUGUCUACCAGUGUGAAGCCUCCAACAGUCAUGGCAGUGUUCUGGCCAACGUUAACAUCAUGAUCAUGAAUAUGGCGCCGCUGAUAUUGACAAGGGACUACCAAGAGUACGCUGUUAUACAAGGGGGGGACAUCAUCAUGAACUGCCGUGCUUUCAGCUCUCCACCACCUAUCAUCUCUUGGGCCAAAGAUGAUACUCCAAAAACUAUCAAGAGAGAACGAUUUGUUCACCUCCAGAACGGAUCGUUGCAAAUCAUCGGUGCUGAAAAAGAUGACAGUGGGAAAUAUGUGUGUGCUGUCUUUAACACGGAGGGGAGGUCAACUGUCAGUGCUGUGCUGGAUGUGAAAGACCCUACGAAAAUAGUAGAUCCACCCCAGGACGUGCAGGUCAUCAGUGGGACCACAGCCCAGUUGAUGUGCCAGGCAGAGCAUGAUAAAAGCCUGCGGAGCACCUUUGAGGUGGUAUGGAGAAAGGAUGGGGAGGAGAUCCCACUUUCCUUUGAGGAAAAUUCCAGUGUUCAUAAGUUCAGAUACUUUGCGGACGACGGCAUUCUGCAGGUCAUGAAUGUGAACCUGAGUGAUCAAGGACUAUACACAUGCAUUGCUAGAACCAGUCUAGAUGAGGACAAUGCCACAGCUCUACUCACAGUACUGGACGUUCCUGAUGCUCCAAAGAAUUUAGAGCUAUCUGAAGUUAAGAGUCCAAGUAAUGUCUCCGUGUCUUGGGUACCUGGGAGUGAUCACAACAGCCCUGUAACAGAAUUUAUAGUGGAGUAUGAGGAGAGCCAAUGGGAGCCUGGCAGGUGGAAGGAGCUACAGAAAGUGCCCGGUAACCAGGCAACAGCCGAACUGGCACUACAUGGACACCUUAACUACCAGUUCAGAGUGUAUGCUGUUAAUGCCAUUGGGCCUGGACCCCCUAGUGAGCCCACUGAGAGAUACAAAACACCCCCUGCUGCUCCUGAUAGGAACCCAGAGAACAUCAAAAUCCAAGGCCAUCUUCCUCAUCAAAUGGACAUUAGCUGGGAGCCGCUGUUGCCUAUCCAACACAAUGGCCCAGGCCUUGAGUACAAGGUGAGCUACCGAAAACUGGGGGUGGAAGAUCCCUGGAAGGAUCACCUGGUAAAAAGACACUCCUUUGUCGUGAAAAACACAACCACUUUUGUCCCAUACGAGAUCAAAAUUCAGAGCAGGAACAGCCACGGUUGGGGACCAGAACCUAAAGUUGUUACAGGUUACUCUGGAGAAGAUGUUCCUACCGCGGCACCACAGGACGUAGCAGUGGAGGUGAUCAACACAACUGUUCUGAGAGUAAGCUGGACCCCGGUUCCACCUGCCACAGUGAGAGGUCAUCUAGGGGGCUACAAUGUUCACUGGUUGAGGAGGCGGAGUCUGCUGAAUCCCAGCAAUAUUUUAGAUGACCGCCAGUCCCUGCCCUUCCCUGGGAAGAGAAGACAUGCCAUCGUGCUAGGCCUGGAACCUUUCUCCGAGUACAGGCUAACUGUCAGCGUUUUCAACAAGAAGGGCAAUGGGCCCAACAGUGACCCGGUCACCUUCAACACUCCAGAGGGAGUUCCUGAACAAGUGCCCGUACUGACCGCCUCCAAUGCCCAGAAAGACUCCAUUUUGCUGGUAUGGGGUCCACCCCCGGAGGCGAACGGCAUCCUCACUGGUUAUCUCCUGCAGUACCACCUCAUUAAUGAGACCACGCUUUUGGUGGUUGACUCCCAGGAGAUGAACAUCACUGGGGCUGACACGACUCAGUGGCAGCUUCAGGGCUUAGAGGAGGGAAGCCUCUACCGCCUCCACCUCAGUGCCUGCACUCGAGCAGGUUGUGGACCUUCCGUGGCCCAGGAGAGCAACACUGUCACUCCAAGACGCUACAACUGCUCUUGCUCCUUUCCCAGCUCUAUCCCAGGCAAUUCUACUCAUCUUUCUUCAGUUCCAGCCCUGUUGAACAUAAGCUCCUAUGUGAGUGACACCUUUGCCAAAAUCAGCUGGACUGCCAGAGAAGAGCAGCAGGACUCACAGCUUUAUGUGGCUUAUAUGAAUAACCGUGAUGGUAACUGGCGGAUUUCAGAGGCUGUAAACACUUCUCAGAGUUUCCACAUAAUUGAUGGGCUCAAACCCGGGACGCUGUACACUGUACGCCUCAUGGCCAAGAGGCUGCUUGAUAAUGCUAGCAUUUUCGAAGACGUUAUCCAGACUCGAGUCAAAGGUGCAGAAGGUCAGCAGAGCGACUUUUCGACCCAGGGAUGGUUCAUUGGGACCAUGUGUGCUGUGGCGCUCCUCACCCUUGUUGCGCUCAUGGCCUGUUUUGUGCGGAGAAACAAAGGUGGCAAGUAUGCAGGUACGCCACCGCCACGCCAGCGACAAGACAUUUUCUCCAUGGAAAAAGUGAAAGAGAAGGAGGACCUCCACCCUGAUGUGGAGUCACAAGGCGUGAAUGAUGACACCUUCUGUGAAUACAGUGACAGCGAUGAAAAGCCACUGAAGGGCAGUAGCUUGUGUUCCCUGAAUGGCAAUAAUGCGGUAGGGGACAGCGUCAGCAGAGACAGCCUGGUCGACUACGCCGACGGUGGAGGAGAAUUCAAUGAGGAUGGUUCAUUUAUCGGAGAAUAUUCUGGACGCAAGCACGGAGGUUCUGUUAGCGAGCCAAGUGGACCCAGCCCAGUCACCGCAUAAAGCCAGGCUCCAUUUGACACUGUCUGCUUCAGAUCCUUUCAAGAUACUUUUUCAAUUCAGCUUUCCUGGCAUUAAAUAUAGUUUGAUUAGCCAAAUAUGGAGGAAUAAAAAUGACCCAAAUGUGCAGAAGUUUUAACAGCAGGCAGAAGUUUUUCCUGAAGACUGGAGAGGAGAGAAUACACCCGCCAUACAAAUCAGCGUGAAAACCAUGUGAGUCUUUGUACAUACUGUAAGAGAAUCAACUGAUUCAUACGAGUGUUUUUAUUAAUGAUAAUAAAGCGUUUUUGUACCCAUCAGCCAUACUCUUCAGUGGUGUACAUUGAUUUUGUACGGUAACAAAAAGCAGCGGAUCAAAAAUUAUUUAGCACAAAGUAAAGAACACUGAAAACCAUACUGUAUACAUAUAUAUAUAUAUAUAUAUAUAUAUAUAUAUACACACACACACACCGUAUACAUGCUAUGUAUGUUUGUAUCUAAAUCAUUUGUUCAUUCAUUCAUCACAUAGUGUAGGAUGUCUGACUUUCUCUUGCUCUCAUGAUUACAAAUUGUCAUAAAGGCUUUACUGUAUAUUACAUGUAUACAUUUUUGAUUUUUGUCAAUAUGCAAAUGGGUGAAAGUUGAUCAUUUGUAUUUUUUCAUCAUGAAAAUGCUGAUAUCCUUUUAUGUCAUUACAUCAAAAGUGUUUGCUGACAUAAACGUAAGAACAAACACAAAGUCGAUUACAAGUUCAAGUAUCUGAUUUUCCUAACCAUGCGCCUGGUCGAUUGCGGGAAUUCCCGGAGGGACACAUAUUAGUUAUCAAAAAGAAGGUUAGACCGAUAAGUGUGUUUCUGUGUUUGAUUGGUGUAAUCAUGAAGACA